GCAUCGCUAAUGUAUCCAACUUUGGCAGCACGAGCAAUAUUUGUCGCGUUCGUACAAGCUUUCGGUGUAUCGACGGUUGUAAGACCGAAUGCAACCACUUCAAUCCACACGACACAUUUGGUCAAUGAAGAUGGUCAGUGGAAGCCUGCAUCGCAACGUGAAAAUCGUCAUCGAGCCACAACAGACGAACCAUCGGUGGCGUUGAGAUUGGUCUUCUUGACGUUUCUAAUGAUCUUCAUAUCAAUAUUUGUUUUUUAUACGAUCUAUUUGGUGGUGCGUUGUGUGAGAUCCAGAGUUGACGUGUUCAGGACAACGUCGGCUAUCAAGGCUAUCCAAAACCUCGAGGUGACCAGUAUGACAAUAACUGGAGUUAUUGUAUGGUUGAUAGGAGAACUCGAAAAUAUUCUCCGAUAG